GGCAUUAUUCUCAUGUAAACAGGCAUUUUUUUCUUCUUAAGUUAGACUUCCGCCAUCUUGAAUUCUUUAUCCGGACAUGGUUCAUGCAUUGAAAGAAACAACAAUUUAGAAGACGACCUACAAUAUUGGUCUAGACGUGAGCCACCAACUCAUAGAUGUUUGUGUGUAUAAGGUAUUUAACGCCUAUUGUUAUAAAUAAAACGACUAAAUGAUAGUAGAAAGUACAUAAUAUUGAAAGGGACUUCUACAACUAGCGUCCGUCUCCGAGCAACACAGUUGCAGAGGGCGCUUGGACGAUUGAUGAGGGCGCUUGAAGCAAGAAUUGUUGAGGACUCCCCUAGCGGUGGCAUUCACUGUUUAUAGUCUAUGUAGUAAAGUUAUACGAUCAGUUAUCGUUGCAGCAUGCCAUUAUAAAGUUCACUUUUGACACUAUAUAUCACAGAGAUGGAUCCCAACCAAGUUGUUUACUUCUCACUCAAAGCCGAGUUAUUUUCAAAAUGGCAGCAAAAACCACCAUGACCAAGUAUCAAUAACAUGUCAUUAACUUAACAAGGUUUUGGAUGGGAACAAUGCGGGCCAUUUCAAGAAGUUUAGGGUUAGGCACCAUUUCCGUAGUAAAUCAAUGCAUGAUUUAAUAUCCCCCCCCCCCAAAUUCCCACAUCUCACUUUUCUUUUUUUUACAUAGUCAUAGUGUAGGCAUAGUCAUAGUCAUAGUAUAUGAAUAUGCCUCCAACUAUUAAUAAGAUUACUGCAUUGAUAAGGCUUUGUUACUGCUGUAUACUAUAUAUAAUUAUACGACUAUUUGAAUUAAUUUUAGGCAUGCAUUUACAUCAUUUUAUUCACAAUACUAUACCAGUAGACCAGGUGGGGGCUGGUGAGCCUGGUGUCACACUGACCUAUUCUAAGCUUUACAGGGUUAAAAAUAAAUUUAAAAACACACUAACUGUAUAGUAUCAUGACACAUGAAAAAUUUCAUAUUUGGGUGCAAUUUUUUAAAUUCAAAUCCAAAAGCAGGGUUGUAGAGCAGAAUUUUUUUAACCAAGCUCUGCUGGAUCAAAUCAAUUUUUUUUUAUAUCAAAUAUUAGUUUUGCACAGAUAAAUAAAUCUGCUUAUAAUUGGUAUUAAGUCUAGCUGGUCUUUUUGUCAGUUCAUUGAUAAUCUGUCCAUUAUGGCUGGUAGAAGAGUGAAGGCAACUUAGCUGGUAGAAGUGAGUGGCGAUAUAGCUCGUAGAAGAGUGGGGCAACAAUUAUAAUAAAUUAAUUUUAAAAAGUAAAAUUAUAUUUAUUUUUUGUGACAUUAAUUUUUAAAUGUUUUUGGAACAGUAAAUAGACAUUUUACCAGCCCUUGCUCUGCUUCAGACAAAAAGACACUGUUCCAGAGCUCCAAUCCACAUCCCUGCCCAAAAGCUAUAUCACCUUCUCAUUUUAAAAGUUCCAAUCAUUGGUUAUUUCAGCUUCUUCUUCUUCUUUUUAUUCAGUAAAUGAAAAGUUCAUAAACCAGUUGAAAGAAAUGGAUUCCUAAUCCAAUCAUAGCCUUUGAUUUUAACCGUUAGGAAUUAAGGAUCUAAGGAUGGACUUUCUCUUGAAGUUGAAGCAGUGUCAGAUAAUCAACAAUUAGCAAGCCAUUAUCACAUUUAAGCUUGAUUUAAGGUGUUUUGAAAUACUUUUCAAAAUUUUAUUCUUUUUAUUUCCAUACAACUAUCUUGUCUUCCAAUCUCAUAGCACAAAUUUGCUUUACUGUUGUUGUUUUGUAUUAUUUUUAUUUUAUUAGAAUAUUCAAUUACAUCAGCAAGAUCAAGAAAUUACAAUUUUGUUCACAAAGUCAAAGCUCUUUUGUUUCAAUUGGAUAAAAAAAUUCAUUUUGCUUAUUUUUCUUAAAAAAGACACAAUUUAUUGCAAAUUUUAGAGAUGCUUUGAAAAUUGAAAUCUUAAACUUUUUGAAUAUUUAGGUAGCACACUUAAUCUUAAAUAAACAUGAGAGCUUAAAGAAGAGAAACUAAUAUUAAUUAUUAUCCAUCAAUUAUUGUCUUUAAUAAUUUUUUUUAGCAAUGAAUCCAUAAUAUUUUUAAAAAGCAAUAAAUAUAUAUACAGUUAUUCCUCGCUAUUUUGCGCUUCACAUUUCACAUCCUCAUUUCUUUGCUGGUUUUCUCCUAGGAUACAUUCUGCCUAUUUUUCACUAUUUCACAUAUUUAUAUAGGUCUGUUAUUUUAAUUAUAUUUGCGGUAAAAUAAUUAUUUUCUUAAGUUUAUUUUAGAGAGUAUAGUACCAUACUGUAAAGUGUUUACGAGCAUAGGAAGUGUUUACAAGCAUAGGAAGUGUUUACAAGGGUGUUCGAUAAAUUAAUAAUAAGAUUGUUUGGAAGGUUUAUAAAAGUGUGUGCGGGGAUUAUUAAGUUUAAAAAAAUAUAUAAAUCCUACUUCUCAUUAUUUUGCAGGAUUGGUGGGGGGGGUUAAUGGAAUGUAACCCCUGCGAUGUUCGAGGUAUUACUGUAAACUUAAAUCUUGUCUAACAUCCAAAAUCUGUUAUUGAAGACAUAAACCCUUAGCUUUACUUUUUCCAGGUUCAGACUUCUUAAGCCCUAUUUCCAAUUAAAAUGGACCCAGAAGAUGAAUCAGGGUCAGCAGGCCAAGGUCAAAAUCUGCAUGAUCUUCAGAACUAUUUGUCCACUUUCAACAAAGAGAUAGAUCCUGGGGAUGAUGUCCUGGCUCACAUGGAUGUGGACUCGGGAGUUGGGGAUCUCUAUAAAUAUAACCCAAGUUCAGGAAAUCCUCUUCAAGAGCCAGGAGAAGGAGGAGUGGCUUCGCAAUUUUCUUCUGGGUUUUAUUCUGAGCAAGGUACAUUUUAA